AUGGAGCUGCAGAGACAUUCCAAGUCUACAGAGGAUCCCCAUAGACCAACUGAAACCAUGGAACGCCCCCCUCUGCCAGACCCCACAAAUAACAUGGGGCACAUCAAGCUGGAGCUGGAGGAUGAGGCAGGGGGUGUCCAAGUUUCCCCUCCGAAACUGUCUCGCCCACCAGUGCCUUCUCCUGCGGGCGCCCUUCUUCAGGGUUUGAACGGGCUGCCCGGAGCAGGCAAACGGGCCCACAUUCCCGUAGGGACCACCAGCAAGGAACAAGGAGAAACUUCUCGACUGGGGCGCUACUUGCUGAUUGACAGCCAGGGGCUCCCCUACACAGUACUGGUGGAAGAGGGGGUGGGGACAGCGGGGGCGCCCGCAGGAGGCCCAGAGGGCGGAGGGAGUGGGGGGGCCUUGCGCAAGGUGUACUGCUGCCCGGUCUGCUCGAGAACAUUCGAAUACCUGUCUUACCUGCAGCGCCACAGCAUCACCCAUUCGGAGAGCAAGCCCCACGUUUGCCGAGCGUGCGGCAAGGCCUUCAAGCGCACGUCCCACUUGGAGCGCCACAAGUACACCCACUCCGGCCGCAAGCCCCACCAGUGCCCCAUCUGCCAGCGUAGCUUCCGUGACUCUGGGGAGCUCUCGCACCACCAGCGGGUGCACACGGGCGAGCGGCCCUACCAAUGCGAAGCGUGCCACAUGCGCUUUGGCGAGCGCAACACCCUCCAGAGGCACAUCCGCCGGAAGCAUCGUCUACAGCUCCUCCCCGCACCCUAG